AUGAGUCGACGAUUCGAUGAUAAUUACAAUCGAUAUGACUUUUAUUCUAAUGAUUUAAGAUCAGACAGUGAUAAAUAUAAUAAUAGACCCUCCAGAUAUGAACGCUAUGGAGAUAAAAACAUGAUAUAUAAUUGUUCUAGAGAUGACCAAUCAAAACAUAGUGGUUUUAGAGAUUGUUCUAGAGAAGAUAAUUCAAGAUUUAACCAUUUACAUGAUAACCAUCAAUACAUUAAAUAUCUUUCAUGA